AUGUAUCAAACCGCAUGGAAGGCUAGUCUUCGACAAGGAAGUCGAAUCGUUGAGGUUGUCCUUCGUCGUGCUCGUCUUUCUGAUAGUUGGGGAUUUCAUGUUCAAGAUGAAGGUGUUGUGACAGAUGUGGAAAUGUAUCAAACCGCAUGGAAGGCUAGCCUUCGACAAGGAAGUCGAAUUGUUGAGGUCGGUGACUUCCCGUACGACAUGCCCUUACCCAUUUCUGAUAUGAAGAUUGAAACGUUUACGGUUGCAACGUUAUCUUUUGACAAAAUCAAUGAGAUAUUGUCUGAGCGUGAUACGGUACGGCUGCUGCUCAUCUCACCAGCUAAUGAUGGAUCUCCUAGAAGAGGGUGUGAAGACCCGCACUGCCCAGCUGUUAAAGGUGUAGAGCAAAUGCUGACUCCGGAUGCUUUUGCCAGGCAACCCAUAAGCUAUCAGGAAAUGUUCCGUAUGCGUAAUCGUGAAUAUGGGAGUUCACCGGGAAAUAGUCCUGCUGGAUCGCUUGAGGAUCGUUCAUUCAAUUUCACAGUGAAACGAACGGAUGGAGCAAGAGCCAAUAGCACAUGCGCUUCUGGAUGUCCGCCAAACACUCCUACAACGGUGAUGAAUCGUCAAACGAGCUCUGUGCAUGAUCAUAUGUGUUUAAUGCUGAAUGCGCCUAAAACUCUAUGUCGUGCGCAAUCUGAUGAGCAUCUUCGUUCGCCUAUACCCGAAGAAAAUCGAAAGUGUUGA